AAGAAGUGGUAAUAUUGACCGUCGUUUCCGCUCGCAACCCCGUCGACCACUCCGGCAACCACACGAGAUGACGGCAACCGCAGGCGCCGAAAGCCCCGCGAAACCCGCCGGAUUCCACGAAAAUCUCGCCAAUCUCCGCCGGUAGCCGCCGUACAGCCCCACCCGGACCCCGGUCCCUACCCCCGUCCCCUCCCCGACCCAGCCGCGCUGCUGUGGAUGACUCCCGGUUUCUCGCCGGAAUCCUCGCAGCUUCCUCCCGGUUUUCCCCUCUCCGAUCUCGCCGAUCAGAUCUGCCGCCCGGAGGAGAGCGCCCGCUUGAUGACCGACGAGAGAACUGAGGUACCUGGUGCCUCAUCAACUGGAGGCACCUUCAUGGCAUCACCUUCAGCUUCUUCGAGGGCACUGGAUCCUGCUUGGGCGCAUGCAAAAGUGGAUGCCGGUUCAAGAAAUGCCAUAAUAUGUCUUCACUGUGGCAAAAAGAUUGGUGGCGGCGGCAUUACUCGCUUUAAAUAUCAUCUUGCUGGAAUUCCAGGCCAAGUUGAAACUUGCAAGAAGGUGCCCAAUGAUGUGAAGCGUCAGGUAAAACAACAAAUUGAUGGUAAGGGAAGAAAUGAAGAAAGAAGGCAUGAAGCUAGAGUUGGCCACAGUUCACGUUUUGAAGAUUCUUCAGAUGUUAUUUUCUCAACUGAGGUAGGCUCUGCAAGUCAAUUUAGACCAUCAAGGAAGCGAAGAACAGGAUACUUUCCUCCACAAGCUACCAUAGGUUCAGAACCAAGCAGUGGUGGAUUGAUGGGUUCAGAAGACAUGGUUCGACAUGGCAUGGAUGGUCCAGAAGCUCCAAAUGAUCUGUUACACGAUGCUAGAAUUGCUAUGGCUAGAUGGUGGUAUGAUGCAAAUGUACCAUUCGGUGCAGCUAAAUCUCCUUUCUAUCAGCCGAUGCUAGAAGCGAUAGCAUCUGCUGGACUAGGCUUCAAGGGACCAUCCUAUCAUGACCUGCGUGGGCCAUUAUUGAAACAUAUUGCUGAAGACAUUCGUGAAUAUCUUGAUGAUCUGAAGAGACAAUGGAGUGUACAUGGUUGCUCAAUUAUUGCUGAUAGACAAAAGGACCAUGGAGAGGGUUCCAUAAUCAAUUUUCUUGUAUACUGUCCACGAGGUACUAAGUUUUUGAAGUCCAUAGAUACUUCAACAGUGAAAGCAGAUUUACUUGAGAUAUUUGAUCAAGUUAUAAGAGAAGUUGGACCGGAAAACAUUGUUCAGUUUAUCACUGAUAUAGAUCCAAGAUAUAAGGCUACAGUUAAGAUUUUGGAGGAAACAUAUGGCACUUUUGUCUGGUCUCCAUGUGCAGCGCGUUGCAUUGACUUGAUGUUGGAGAAUUUCGCAGAUCCUAAAUAUUUUCCUAUGAUCAAUGAAACUUUAGGUAAAGCUAGAAAGAUAACAAAGUUCAUAUAUAAUCAUGCAUGGGUGUUGUCUUUAAUGAGGAAAGAAUUCACAAAUGGUAGGGAUCUGUGUCGUCCUGCCAUCUCGAGAUUUGCUACUCAUUUUCUUAGUCUCCAAUGCAUUGUCAAAUUUGAGAAAGAGCUCCGUCAAAUGGUUACUAGCAACAAAUGGGUGAAAUCAACUUACGCUAAAGGUGGUAUUGGAAAAGAUAUCGCGGCUAUUAUUCUGAAAGAUGUUGACUUCUGGGCCCAGUGCAAACAUGUUGUUAAGGUCACUGAGCCGCUGUUGCGUGUCCUGCGCUUGGUGGAUAGUAAUGAAACCCCUUCCAUGGGUUAUCUUUAUGAAGCAAUGGAAAAGGCAAAGGAGUCAAUAAGGAGAAGGAUGAUGCACAAGGCUUGUCUGUAUGGGCCGUAUCUUAGAGUAAUUGAUGCAAGGAUCGAGAAGCAGCUUCACAGUCCAUUGCAUGCAGCAGGGUGCUUUUUUAAUCCUGGUAUUUACUUUAGCCCCUCUUUUAGUAUGCAAAGCUAUGCAUUUAGGGGGCUUAUUAAGACAAUUGCUAGUUUGGUCCGUGAUGAUGAGGUCCAAGAUAAGAUAUUUCUCCAGCUUGAGGAGUACAAGAAAUCAACCGGUGACUUUGGCCUUCCGAUUGCAAUUCGUCAAAGAGAGAAACUUAAUCCAGUUGCAUGGUGGGAUAACUUCGGUAAUGCAACUCUAGAGCUUCAAAGUCUUGCAGUCCGUGUCCUCGGCCAAUGUUGUAGCGCAACAGGGUGCGAAAGGAAUUGGGAUAUUUUUGAAUAUCUCCAUUCCAAGAAUCUUAGUAGGCUUGAACGUUCAAGGAUAAGUGACAUUGUCUUUGUUCGGUACAAUCUGAAGCUUCGAGAAAGGAACCUGCGUAAGCUUAAGGAUGCCAUCGAUCCUAUCAGCCUGGACAACAUCGAUGUUCUGGAUGAAUGGGUCAGUGAAGAGCCUAGCCUUCUUUGCAGAGAUGACCUGAACUGGGAGAGCGUAGACGCACCAUUUGCUGAACCGGUUUCUGACGAUGAAGAGCUCGUCGCUAUUGACGACGAGGAGGAAGCCCCAGUGGCAGCACUGUCCUGGUCGGCAGCAGAUGCUUUGUAUUGCCCACAACCAGACCAAGACCCCUAUCUGUAUGUCACCCAAGAUUGUUAAACUUAACCUGUGUCAAUAGACCUGGUGCCCAUGUUGCAAAUGAAGUAGUGAACUGAACCUAGCUAGCAUUAGGAGACCAAUGCCAGGCUCUGAAACUUCCUUCUGCGUGGAUUGGUGAUGGUUGGGCUGUAGCAGGUCAUUUUGGGAUGCAAAAUCCAUUGCUGAAACCAGUGGCGUAGCCAAAUAUUUUGG